GAAACUCAUCAUCCACGUUCAAAGACAGACAGGGAUAUCUAUCAGCUUCUGAUAUCUGUCUGCCUGAGAGAGAGAUACAAAAAUGGAAUUUUGCUUAGUAACGCCAUGCAACCAAAGGAGGAACAUGCGCCUCAUCUUAACAAUGCUCAUCUUCUCAAUUUUGUCAGGGUGUCUGGAAGUAGCAGGCUGGUCCUACCACCACUCUGACCAGAAGAUGGACUGGAAUAAAGCCAGAGUCUGGUGUCAGUCUCAUUACACAGACAUGGUGGCAAUCCAAAACAAAGGGGAGAUUGAGCACCUCAACCAUCUACUACCCAGGAUAAGUGGCUACUACUGGAUCGGCAUUCGCAAGAUAAAUAACUCCUGGACCUGGGUUGGAACCAGCAAGACGCUGACUAAGGAGGCAGAGAACUGGGCCACCGGUGAGCCCAAUAGUGCUGGGAGAGGGACAGAGGAGGACUGUGUGGAGAUUUACAUCAAGAGAGAAGAAGACCCAGGGAAAUGGAAUGACAUCUCUUGCAAAAAGCCAAAAACAGCAUUGUGCUACACCGCCUCUUGUAAGAAGGAUUCUUGCAGUGAGAAUGGAGAGUGUGUCGAGACUAUCAAUAAUCACACGUGCAAGUGUUUCGAAGGCUUCUACGGGGAAAAGUGUGAACAUGUUGUCCAGUGCGAGAGGGAGGUGGUCACGACUCCGCAGCAGGGCUCUUUCAGCUGUUCCCACCCCCACGGGAAUUUCUCCUACGGGUCAGAAUGCAGUUACUCCUGCCAGCCAGGCUAUCAGCUCAUUGGCUCCGAGACCCUCAGAUGCACAGCCUCCAAAGCCUGGUCCCACGUGCCCCCGACCUGCGAGGUGGUUCGAUGUGAUGAGCUGGCCAAGCCCAAUAGGGGCUUCAUGAACUGCUCCUCACCCCUGGGAGACUUCAGCUACCUGUCGCUCUGCCAGUCCACCUGUGACGAGGGGCACACCCUGACCGAUCCCCUCUCCUCCGCACUCGUAUGCGGCGCCUCGGGCCGUUGGAACGGCACCCAGCCCCAGUGUGAAGUUGUUCAGUGUCCUGCCAUCACAGCUCUGCAGCACGGCCAUAUUUCCUGUGAUGGAGACCCCACAACCCCCAACAGCUACUCAACCCAAUGCAAGUUCACCUGUGAGGACGGCUUCCGCCUGAGUGGUGUGUCUGCGGUCAGCUGCGCAGCAUCUGGACAGUGGACUGACCAGCCUCCAGUGUGUGAAGCCAUCACAUGCCCACGGCCAGAAAACCCUCAGCUACUCUCCAAUUGCACAGACGCUGAGGAUACAAGACACAUGGGCUCCGUCUGCUCCUUUAGCUGCAGCUCCAGCUUCAACCUGCAGGGGGAGCCCAGCGCCCAGUGCAAUAAGAUAGGGCAGUGGAGCUCCCCAACCCCCACCUGUGUGGAGGUGCAGUGUCCCCCUCUCAAGGACCCAGAGGCGGGCAGCGUGGACUGCUCAGGCCACUUCCCAGGAGCCGUUUGUGAAGUCAGCUGCAAUGAAGGCUUCCACCUGCAGGGGGCGCACAGAGCAGUGUGCACAGACAGUGCUGAGUGGAUCGUGGAUGGACAGACCCCCACAUGCAGAGUUGUUCAGUGUCCUGCCAUCACAGCUCUGCAGCACGGCCAUAUUUCCUGUGAUGGAGACCCCACAACCCCCAACAGCUACUCAACCCAAUGCAAGUUCACCUGUGAAGACGGCUUCCGCCUGAGUGGUGUGUCUGCGGUCAGCUGCAAAGCAUCUGGACAGUGGACUGACCAGCCUCCAGUGUGUGAAGCUGUUCAGUGUCCUGCCAUCACAGCUCUGCAGCACGGCCAUAUUUCCUGUGAUGGAGACCCCACAACCCCCAACAGCUACUCAACCCAAUGCAAGUUCACCUGUGAGGACGGCUUCCGCCUGAGUGGUGUGUCUGCGGUCAGCUGCGCAGCAUCUGGACAGUGGACCGACCAGCCUCCAGUGUGUGAAGCGGUGAGAUGCCCCCAGAUACAAACAGCUAGCGACAGCGUCAUGAACUGCACCGGGGGCAUGGACGGCCAGGAGCACACCUACACAGCCAGCUGCACGUUUGUCUGCCGCCAAGGAUACCUCCUCCAUGGCAACCAGACGAUGAUGUGUAGUCGGCACGGCAACUGGACUGGAGAGGUGCCCGAGUGUCAAGCUCCGCCCGAGCCUCUCAUCAACCCCACCACCAUCAUGAUGGCAACGGGGGGCGCCACCACAAUUUCUGCUCUCUCUCUGGUCUUCUGGCUCCUGAAGAAAAUGCAACGGAAAGGAAACAAGUUUGAUCUCAACAGCACCCUUGACCAAGACGAGCCCCCUCAGGUCUACAAAAGCGUCGAUAGUCUUAUUUGAGAGUUGAGAGUCGGCACAGCAUACACAGCAGGACUGAGCAGAGUGCAGGCUUUUGGCGAGAGGAGACAACGGGAGAGACGACCUGUGGAACAACAGAGAGAACGAAACGACCUCACGAGUGAAUAUGUGAAUUUGCUAAUUCUUUUAAGCGAUUGAUGAGUGAACACGCAGAUGUCAUGGGUGAAAAGGUCACAGGCGUUUUUGUUUUUUUUAUUCCUCCAAAAGUUGUGAAUCUGGAUAAACACACAUACACACACACACACAUAUAAUCACACACGUACACAUUCAAUACUGCCAAACUCCAAGAAGCACUGGUAUGCUGAAUUGUUCUUCUUCCUUAGGGAAGCUCCUUUAUUUAUUUAUUUAUUUGGCCAUAUUGUUCAUGGCAAAAUUAUUUAAUUUAUUCCAAUAGUGUACAUUAUUAUUAUUAUUAUUAUUAUUAUUAUUAUUAUUAUUAUUAUUAUUAUUAUUAUUGGUUAUUAUUGUGUGCUCUGAUGUUAUUCUGUAUCAUGGUUUGUUUUUAUAUGAGUAUGUAUUAGAUAUGUAUAUUUCUCGCUGUUUGUACUGCCAUUUUUCAUAAGAUGAAUAAAAGUGUUUCAUAUAAUGUGC